AUGCGCACCCUCGGCCUCACCAGCAACGACAACGACCACGAGCAGCCGCUCUCCCCCUCCCGCGCAUCCUCACUGGCAUCCUCCUCCGAUCAAGCCUCCGCCUACUCCGACCACCACCUCGACAGCGCCGCCCCCUACGCCAGCGCACUCAGACAAUCCCCAUCGCCCCACGGGCUGCACAAGCGCCACAGCAAGACCUUCCGCCCGCCCGACCCAGCCAUCCCCAUGGCCUCGCAGGACUCCGCCUCCGCCAGCACGCCCAGCCACCCGCUCCACCCCGCCACCCUCGCCCCAUCCGACCCGCGCCCGCGCUCCCAGAAGGCCCAGUCCUUCCAGCCCGCCGACGACCUCGCCUUCGCCGCCUGCCCCACCCUCGCCCACGGCCUCGCCAGCACGCUCGCCCCCGCCGCCCUUGCCCCGCACGCCCCCGCCGGCGCCGGCCUCCAGCCCUCCAGGUCCACCCUCCGCACCGCCACCCAUCUGCUGCGCUCCGCCAGCCGCAGGGUCCUGGACUACGCGGGCCUCUCGCGCCCGCCUCAGCCGCGGCUCGACGAGCCGAGCGACGAGGACUCGGAGGACUCCGACGAGCACCUGCGGCCUUCGCGGCGCGGCUCCCGGCGCAGACUCUCGCUCAGCAGCGCGCUCCCCGCCUCCAAGUCCGUCUGGGACCAUCCCCGCCCCGCCAAGGGCUACUUCCACACCUGGGAGGACGCCGUGCUCUUCAUCCUCUUCUGCAUCUUCACGCUCGAAUGUAUGGCCCGGAUCAUCGUCUCGGGGCUCGCGCUGAACUCGGAGUCGUGGAUCGAGCUGAGUUCGGGCGCGAUGCGGGCGCGCGGGGCGGGGAUCCUGGGGCGGAAGGAGCGCGCGGUGCGGCAGCUAGCGAUUGGGGGCGCGGGGCGGCCGUACGAGGGGCGGGGCGAGGGCUCGACGGAGGUGCUAAGCUUCAGCCCGCGGACGCCGUUCACGGCGCUCGACGGCGGCUAUCCGGCGUCGCCGUACGGGGCUGCGAGCGGGAAGCUGCCGCUGGCCCAGCCGUCGCCCAGCCUGUCGUGCGGCUCCGCCGGCCUCCUGCUCCCCCCGUCUCGCCGGCCGGCCGAGCAGCCGACCCGCAAGGACUCGUUCCCCGUCGCCAUGCUCGCCUCCGCCAAGCCGCUCUUCUCCCAGCAGGCCGCGCCCUUCCACUCCGGCAUCCAGCGCCAGCAGCGCCAGCUCAUCAAGCAGACCGCCUACCUCCGCCAGUCCUGGAACCGCAUGGACUUCAUCGCCGUCCUCGGCUUCUGGAUCGCCUUCGUCCUCGCCUCCUCCGGCGCCGAGGCCGCCAAACAGAUCUACCUCUUCCGCGCCCUCAGCGUGCUCCGGCUCAUGCGUCUGCUCACCGUCACUUCCGGCACCACCAGAAUCCUCAACUCGCUCAAGCGCGCCUCGCCGCUGCUCGUCAACGUCGUCUUCUUCAUCUUCUUCGCCGCCGCCCUGUUCAGCAUCGUGGGUGUCCAGAGCUUCAAGGGCUCCUUCGACCGCCACUGUGUCUGGAUCGACCCGCAAGGCCAGAGCAACUACACCUUCCAGGCCCAGUCCUGCGGCGGCCAGUACAACCCGAUCACCGGCCUCGAGGAGGGCUUCGUCCACUACGCCACCGGCAAGCUCUUCGGCUCCUCCAAGGGCUACAUCUGCCCCCAGGGCCAACUCUGCAUGGAAACGGGGAACCCGAACAACGGCACCCAGAGCUUCGACAACGUCGCCGGCGCGGCGAUGCAAGUGGUGAUCAUCGCCUCCGCGAAUACCUGGUCGAACAUGAUGUACAGUCUGAUGGAUGCAGAGUACUACGCCUCAUGCGCAUUCUUCAUCGUCUGUCUGCUCGUCCUCAACUUCUGGCUGCUCAACAUCCUCGUCGCCGUCAUCACGAACACGUUUGCGGAGAUCAUGGACGAGACGAAGCAUUCGGCGUUUGCCGUCAGCUCUGCACCGAUUCUCUCCGGGCCUGCGCCGCCCGACUUCGCCCCCGACACGCCCAAGCUCUCCCGGACACAGAAGAUGAAGCUCAAGACCGGCUGGCUCAGGCGGCUCAACAACAAGCUCUACUACCCUUGGGUCCUCGUCGUCCUCGCCCAAUUCUCCUUCCAAGCCAGUCGGAGCGCCUUCAACCCCGCCUGGGCCGCGCGUCUCGACCAAAUCGAGGCCUACUUCACGAUCGUCUUCCUGGCCGAGAUCCUGCUCCGCUUCGCCGGAUACCUGCCCGCCUCCACCCGGCUCUUCCUCCGCUCCGGCACCAACCUCGCCGACGUCGGCCUCGCUAUCCUCACCAGCCUCAUCCAGAUCCCCCCCAUCAAGCGCUCCGUCGUCUAUCCCUGGCUCACCGUCUUCCAGAUCGCCCGCUUCUACCGCGUCAUCGUCGCCUUCCCGCGCACCGGAAACCUUCUGCAAGGCUUGAGGGGCAGCCUCAACGGCUUAGUCAACAUGAUCUUGUUCCUGCUCGCCAUCAACUUCUUCGCGGCCCUGUUUGCGGCCCAAUACCUCCGCGGGGUGAUCCCCAAGUCGGACCAGACGGAGAUGACGUUCUACUCGAUGUGGAACGCGUUCCUGGCGAUGUACCAGAUCUUCUCGUCGGAGAACUGGACGACGGUGCUGUACUCGGGCAUGGCUGCCCAGGCGCCCUACGGCCAGGCGUUCAUCUCCGCCAUCUUCCUCUCCCUCUGGUUCCUCUUCUCCAACUUCGUCCUCCUCCAGAUGUUCAUCGCCGUCAUCUCCGAGGGCUUCGCCGUCGCCGAGGAGCAGAAGAAGAAGGAACAGAUCCGCGCGCUCAUCAAUCGCUCCAACCCCCAGUCCGAGCUCCCGGCCUGGUUCAAACGCCUCAACCCCUACUUCCGCCCGUCCUCCAACAACAAGCUUGGUCGGAACGAGACGAUCACCCUCGAUGCCGACGAUCUUCCCGCCGAGACCGUCCUGCCUGGCCGCAAGUCCGUCGUGCGCGACUUCCUGCAUCCGAAAGACGGCCCGCACGGCGCCAAGGGCGACGGCUAUCCCGGCCUCCAGAAGUCCAACUCCGACCAUCGCUCGUUCGUCGGCCGGGCCCGCAAAGCCUUCCUGCUCGACCCGUUUGACGGCCCCUUCUCGGAUCCCCAGCUGCUCAAAUCCAACAUCACCACCGAGGAACGCGCCAAGGCCGAGGCCGCCCGCCAGAUGGAGUUCCUCUCCAUGAACCCCAGCCAGCGCCAGCAGUUCUACAUCACUUCGAACACCGAGAAGCUCGAGCGAGAGGCCCAGUUCAUCAAAGACCAUCCGACCUACGAUAAGGUCUUCUGGUACAUCUCCCAGACUAACCCCCUCCGCAAGCUCUGCCAGUAUCUCGUCGAGCCCUCCUACGGCGAACGGACCUUCGGCCGGCCGGCCAACAAGAUCGGCGUCAUCGUCUUCAAGCUCAUCGUCUUCAGCACCAUCCUGGGCAGCGUCGUCGUCGCAGCCAUCGCGACGCCGGUCUACAAGCAGCACUACUAUCUGAUCAACGGCGAGUCGAUCUAUACCUGGUUCACCCUUGCCGAGGUCAUCCUCGGCCUGUUCUUCGUGCUCGAGUUUGUCAUCAAGGUCCUCGCCGACGGCUUCAUCUUUACCCCCAACGCCUACCUCCUCAACACCUGGAACCGCAUCGACUUCCUCGUCCUCGGCACGCUGGUCUCCGAUAUCCUGGCCUCCUUGGUCUACGGCGGCCUGACCAGCCGGUUCACGCGCUCGCUCAAGGCCUUCCGGGCGCUGCGGAUGAUCAACCUGACGAUGAGCAUGCGCGAGACGUUCUACAACGUGCUGAUCCUCGGCUUUGGGAACCUCAUGGACGCCUCGGUCCUCACAAUCAUGUACAUCGUCCCGUUUGCCGUCUGGGGCCAGAACCUGUUUGCCGGGCUGCUCUACGGCUGCAACGACUCGAGCAGGGCGACGAAGGCGCAAUGCAUCGACGAGUUUGUGAGUGCCCCGCCGAGCCUCGAGGGCGCCCCGGCCGCCUUCGCCUUCCUCAUGCCCCGGGCCUGGCAGAACCCCUACGUGUAUUCCUUCGACUCCUUCCGGACGGCGGUGUCGAUCCUGUUCGAGAUCAUCUCCGAGGAAGGCUGGAUCAGCGUGAUGACCAGUCUGAUGUCGAUCACCGGAAAGGACAGCCAGCCCCAGCAGGACGGCUCGCAAUGGAACGCGAUCUACAGUCUGAUCUACAACCUCUUCGGCGCCACCAUCGUCCUCACCCUCUUCCUCGCCGUCAUCAUCAACUCCUUCCUCAAGCGCUCCGGCUCCGCCUUCCUCACCACCGAGCAACAGCAGUGGAUCAACCUCAAGAAACUCAUCUAUCUCCAGCAGCCCUCCAAGCGCCCCAAGGCCAGACCCCAGAGCUCCGUCCGCGACUGGUGCUACCAGAAGGCUACCCUCAAGCACGGCUGGUGGUCCAAUAUGAUGACCACCCUCUACGUCAUCCAUGUCGGCUUGUUGAUGACCCUGGCGAGGUCUAAUAGCAAUACCAAGCUCGAUGUCUAUCGCGACGGAGCGUUUCUUGUUCUGGCGACGUUUUAUCUCGUGGAUGUGGUGGUGGGACUGCUGGGCUUAGGCUGGAUAAGUUUCCAGCAGAACGGGUGGCGGAUCUACGACGUGGUGGUGAUCGCGGGGACGUUUGGGACGACGGUGCCGACGAUCGUGUUGCCGGGACAAGUGACGAACGUGACGAUCCAGUUCCAGAAGUUCUUCCUGGUGGCGAUCGCGUUCAAGCUGGUGAUGAAGAACAACGAGCUCAACCAGCUGUUCCAGACCGCCCUGUCCAGCCUGCCCUCGAUCGCUAACCUCAUGGGCCUCUGGAUCGUCUUCUUCCUCGUCUGGGCUAUCCUCUUCGUCGAGAACUUCAGCCUCACCCGCGCCGGCCCGACCUCCCUCACCCGCUACUCCAACUACCAGAGCCUCGCUAACGCCCUCGUCAUGCUCGCCAUCCAAAGCACUGGCGAGGGAUGGAACGCUUUCAUGCACGACUACACCGUCGAGCCGCCGUACUGCGUCUCGUCGCCUAACUUCUUGUUCAACGAUUGCGGGAGCGCCGCCGCCGCUUACAUCUUGUUCAUCUCGUGGAACGUCAUCUCGAUGUACAUCGUCCUCAACAUGUUCACCGGGUUGGUCGUCGAUAACUUCGCUUACGUCUUCCAGUUGUUUGGAAAAGUCAAAGCCAUCGAUCGCGAAGAAGUGCGCAGGUUUAAGGAAGCUUGGGCCGAGGUGGACCGCGACCGGACGGGAUACCUGGCUCGGCACCAAUUCAUCCCCUUCUUCUCGCGUUUGAGCGGGGCGUUUGAUGUGAGCAUUUACCCGGACACCCUGAAGAUGAGGAACCUGGUCGACGGGGCCGCCGGGAUCGGCGCCGAGGCCAAGCGCGGCGCGUGGACGGUCGCCAGUGCUGUCAAUCCUGCACGCUCGCUCGACGUCGACGAGCUCAACGGCCGGCUCGCACAGGCCGAUUGGGCCAAAGUCGCCCAGCGCAAAGAGCUCUUCAACCACCUCUAUCAGGAGGCGCUGUUGACCGAGAAGGCCGGGCGCGGAAUCUCGUUCAAUCGGAUGAUGCUGCUGGUCGCGCAUUACACGCUGAUCGAGGACGAGCAAGCGAUGCAAUUGCAUGAAUUGUUGGACCGGAAGGCGACGAAGCAGAAGAUCGAAGAGCUUGUCAAGUUCGAGAAGAUCCAGGGCAUCCUCAAGAUGGUUGUCGAGCGCCGCCGGUUCCGGAAGACCCUGCGCCUGUUCGCCAGCCCCGCCUACCCCCCACACCCCGCGACGGGCACCAUCUCCUCGCCCUGCCGCCGCUCGUCGUCGAUCACCAAACAUAAACUAGGCUACUACUGA